AUGAGUGAAGUGUGUGGUAGUCGGAUUGCAUCAGCAAAAUCCUCAUCCAAUGGAAAAGAAGAGGAAAAAGAAAGCACGAGAAAUCUUAAGAGGCCAGCCUCUACCGGUUCCGAAGAUGCAUCAAACAAAUGUUCAUGUACAUUGCAACCUCGAUCUCGUUCUGCCGAUGGAUAUUUGUUGCCAAGGCCGGGCAACCCAGUUGACACAGGAAGCAUCCCAAAUCAAACGGUUACAAGCAACGAUAUAAAUCGGAACUCACUAGGCGGCUGGCCCUCUACUAAAAAACCAUCAGAUAUUGGCUACUUGCUCAUUAUAAAGGAGGAAAUCAUCUACCGCAUCCCAAUAAUAUUGGAUAUCACGCGUAUAGAUGAGACCAAACGGGAUAAAAACGAUCCCCAUGAAAGAAGUCUUUCCAUUCCCGCGACGAAUGAGAAUGAAAUUUGUGUAAUGAUGAAAACGUGCGCUGCCAAAAAUCUGGAAGCUGCUCUGAAGGAGCACUUUCAACAUUGCGAUUGGGUCACAAUUCUCGCGGCUUCCCCACUUCCUGAUCAGGUUAGAAGAGGUCUUGUUGAACCUGAUGUCAAUGCCGAGAAACCGACAACAGCGAAAAGGCCACGUCCUACCCCGGAUUGGCAAGUUCCCCUGAAAAAACAAUUUCGUCCACAGGUACCAUCGGUAUCAGUGAGCAAUGAGUGUUCAACCAAGGAACGUUGUAAUAGUCAGCACUUGGAAGUACAGCCUGCUCCAAACUCAAUUCACGGAGGUAUGGCCACUCAAGGACAUCGGUUUCAAUGUACCUCAUCUGCCCGACAGAAUUCGCUCUGCGCAAUGGCUGCUUUUGCCAAAGUGGACGAAGUCUUGGCGGUGCAGAAAUCUCGGGCGGAGAAGAGCUCGUCACCUGCCGGAAUCCAAAGAAAACCAACUCAGGAAACUACAGUUGCCCACGUCCAAAUUAAACAGGCCCAAAAUGUCCAGCCACUGCGUAAUCCUUCUACAGCAUUGGAUCGCACUACACUGAAUAAUCGUGAUCAGCUCAGGAAUCCCACAUCUGAGUCGCAAACUACUCAUAACAGAUCAAUGCCUGUAAAUCAGCCAACCACAGGUCUGGCUACGGCGGCCGGCAACUUUGCGCCAGUCCAAUCACGACCACAGCGCCCGCUGUUCUCCAAUGGGGGAGCUGUCGUACGUCACCUUACUCCCCUCUACCCCAUACACAACCUCUCCUCUGUUGCGUGCAUUUCUAAUCUGGCGGUUCAGCAGCCGCAGCAGCAACAACAGCAACAACAGCAGCAGCAAACCAGUGGCUCACCCUCUCAAUUCGCAAUUCGUUCUGCCGUUGUUUGUGGGAACUGCCAGUUCAUUCCACAGUAUGUGACGAUAAGUUCAAAUCAGGACAUUCCCAUGGAUCUGUCGGUCAAAGUGCCAUUGAAAAAAGUGCCGCAUACUACAUCGGGGCUGCAUAAUGUCUACGAAUCACCGGACAUUCGUGUCACGGAAUCAAAUGGCUACGAAGAAGGUGUCGUGAUAAAUUUGGCGAAACCGAAACGGCAUAAAACAAACGACACUCCUCUGGAACCCUCAACGUCGGAGGGAAUUCGACCUACGGCACUUGAGACUAACAGCGAAUCGCGGUGGAAGUGCUUUCUCUGUAACCUGGACUUUGAGAUGGAAUGGUGGUUGCAGAAGCACUACCGAGGCCAUAAGCAUGUUUGCAAACUCCUUGAGAGUGUUGGAGGCUCAGAGGCUCUCCAGAAGCGAAUAAAGUGCCGUGAAAUAAACUCAGAGACGCUGAUAAAUGAAAAGACAGGAAAACUUUUGCUUCAUGUCAUCAAUCGUUUGAUUAAUAACAAUAACAGCAACAAUCGAGUAUCUAGCAACUGA